AUGAAAGUGUUAAUUGCUUAUCUAUGUCCAACUAUUUCAACUGAUUAUUCAAACAAGAUAAAAUAUAAGCCAGAUUUAAGCUGUGAUCCAGUUGGCUUACAGGUCGAAAUAGCCACGUAUAAGCCAGACACGAUCAUUGUUGGUUCCAAUGUUGUUAGUGCGGAAACACUUCAAAAAUGGCGAAGUAUAAUGGGCGAUGAAGCGUUAUUAAGUAUUAUUCGUCGUGGUUCAAGUAUGUCUGAUAUCAAAACAGAAAUGGCUGAUAGUUUAAAUAUCAGUCAUUAUCGAACACCAAGUGUUAAUGCGCCAUUUGUUGCACAAUACAUAAUUCAAAAGUUAUGUUUUAGUGAUGAUAAGAGAGAAAAUAUAUUAUCGGCCGUUAUUGGAUAUGGUGCAAUCGGAAGGCGUAUUAUUCAACGACUAAUUCGUGAAGGACACACGGUUAAUGUUUAUGGUCCAUCGUUAGCCAAUUGUUCUUCUCGAGCAGAGCAAGAAAAUAUUGCCAGAUCCAAAGGACUAUUAUGUCAUGAACGAAUUCAUUUUGCUACUUCACCCGAAGAAGCUGUUAAAAAUGUUUAUUACGUUGCUAUUGCUAUUGAUGCCACAAGUGUGGUGGCAUCGGGUAGGUAUUUAUCGAAAGAGUUUGUAUUAAGCAUGAGUCAUGGUACACGAAUUGUAAAUGUAUCAGAAUUUCAUGUCUUUACUGAUGAAGCAAUGUCCUGUUUUUUAAAACGUUCAAAACAGAGUGAAUUAUCAAUAUUAUUUGAUAGUCAUUAUCGUGAUGUGAACCGUUUACUUGAUCAAAUUCCAUCAGAUAAUAAAACUUUUGAAGUCUGUUCAAAAGCGAUGGAAAAUGUCGGUUGUCAAGCAGCCAUGGAUCAAGCUGCUCUUAUCGUUUUGGCGCGUAUUGCUGUUGAACAAACCAUUCAUACAAGGAUGGAUUUUCGACGGAUGUUUGGACUUGUGUCAGCAUUAUUAUUAAGCCAAAGAGGAUAUGCAGUGACUAUUGUUGAUUCACAUGAAAAAUCAUUAGCAGGACGAUCAGUCAGUAAUGAUUAUAGACAUGCCACUCUCAUUGAGAAUAUUCCUCAUGCAACCCCAUCGAGACUGGAUAUAUUAAAUAAAGAGCCAAAUGAAGGAGGAUGGAAGAUUUUGGAUAAAUUGACUGAAUCCGAAAAAAUGUGGAGAGAUCAAUUUUGUAGCCUAACUGCGUUCCCCGAAUUACAAGAAAUUAUUACGGAUUUUAUCGUUACUCUGAAUCGAAAAGGAAUGCAAAUGUGGGAUAACAUAUUCGAAUGUUUUCCACAGUUGGGCGAGAAUGUUGUUGACACUCAUAGAAGUAGACAAAUAGUAACAUUAUAUCCAUCGGAAACAUGUUUGACAAAUCAAUUUAAUUUUCAUUUACGAUUGAGUGGAAAUAAUGGGACUAUGAUAAAAUUAAGCAAACAAAAUGUGUUAGAGGCAUUUCCUAGUCUAGAUUUGUCGAGCAUUGUAGGUGGUAUCCAAAGCGAUGGUUAUACUGUCAACUUUCUACAACUGACAAAAAAUUUUCUUUGUUUUCUUGAUUCGUCACAUGUUCAAUUUCGAUGGUCAAACAGAAUAAAUAGAGUACAUGAUAAUGUAGUUGUGUUGAAUAACGGUGAAGAAUUGGUGUCCAAAAAAAUAAUGGUUGUUGGCAACGAUCAGGUUGUAUUCAAAGACUGUCCUAUUAAAGACCAUGUUUACUCGAUGAUCAGAUGUUCGUUGAAAGUACCAAAUGUGUCAGGGGUUUCUCAAAGUUUUAAAAUUCAUGAACAGGAUCCUGUAGGCAUAAUGGAUGUGGCGCCUACUGCAGAUAAGCAAUAUUUAUUGAUAACCGGUGGUAUGGGAUUUGUUGGUAAACAGGGCUUGCUUAGAAAUCCAAUGACCCAACAACUGGCCGAUUUAGUGAUUAAAUCGGUAAGAAAAUACUUGCCAAAUGAAUAUGAAGCUAUCAAAGUGGAUGUACCUAUAAAAUACUAUCUUUAUCCAACGACUCCUGAUGGUUUACAUAUAGUUGAUAUAAAAAACGAUACGAGAUUAACUAUUGGAGGCGGUGAAUUUUUAGAAGCUCCCGUCAUCGCAAUGAUUGCUGUUGAUAAGCUAUUUGGUCCAAAAGAUCCUAUGCACAUGUCAAGUGUUCUUUCAAGUACUAGAAGUAGUUUGUCACUGAAAUUGUUUUAUGACACAGAAAAUAGAUCAGUGGGUGGUAGCACUGAUUCAGAUACCAAUACAGAAAUAUCCUCGAAUCAUCCAAAAAUUUUGGGAUUAAGCUGA